GUAACCCCCACGGUGGGCUGCCAGGUGUGGGGAUCUCUGACCAUCUGGCUCGGACUGUUUGAGGGGAGGCUGGAGAUCAGGGGCUUCAUCAUGACCACCUCGUUCCCAUGCACGGCCGAGCUACAGUUCACCAAGUUCCCCUUGGAUGUGGGUAUCCGUAUGGACAUGAACCUGGUUCCUCUGAGGCUAGAGCUCCGGGGAAUCCUGAAGUUGACUAUCCCGCUGGUGUUCAAGACUAUCAGAAAGACGCUGAUCAACAAGCUGAUCUGGCAAUACUCCACUCCAACUAUACACGCGACGAUAUUCGCAAUCAAUUCGGACGAACCGGACGAAUCGCCUCCUGAUUUCAAAGUCUAUGCAUCGCCAUUUGAGAGCGGUGUGGCGAAACGAGCAGCCCAGACGACCAGCUGCAUCGUGCAGCAGCAGUAUGGUCGGGACUACACGGAACCCGCCUUCCUGCUGGAGCUGGCUGUGGAUGAUGACAGGAGCGAGGUGGAUCUCACCUACUCUGUUGGAGUUACCAGAGGUGGCAGCGACCAGGUGUCAAAUCAACCGCUAGGAGGUUUCACAACGAUCGUGGCACAGGUUCUGCGAGGAGGAGUCCCCCUUUACUUCACCGUAACGGCCACCAACUCGGCCCAACAGACCUCCCUGGCCACGUGUGAGCUGCCUACCUAUGACGUCACCCUGCCUGGGGGUAGGGUCACACCUGACUUCAUCUCCACCAGCCAUCCCAGCAUCCUUCGCUCCUCGGCUGUCGCCUUGGAUGAUGCAGCCUUAGUGAAUCAGAAGGAAGCCAUAGGGUUUGGGCGGCAGGUUUACGGAGAUCAAGUUGUGCCAUGGAUGGACAUCAACAUCACAAAGAUCCACGUAGACAUCAGUAUCGGGCAUGACCCGCAUGAUACUCGCAAUCUGGAGUACUUUGCAGCCCCACGUCUUGGGAGAGUGCUCUCAAAGCCUCACCACGUAGCUCACUAUCCCUACGCACAGAAGUGUGCCCGGGACUGCCUGGCGCUGCCCCCGACAAAAUGCCUCAGCUUCAACUACGACUACAGCGACAACGGGCGCUGUGAACUGCUGGAGGAGAUAGAGGGACACGACGUCGUCAUGUACACGGAUGGCAUUUUCCACAACUUUGAACGUCUGGGGAUCGGCCACGCUGUGGAGGUGGUUCACGAGGAUCUGAACCUGAUACACAACCAGCUGUACUACUAUAACCUGUUCCUCAACAACACUGUGGGCUACACGAACAUCCUGACAUCCCCGGGGGUGAUAGUCGACUUCGUCCCCCCGUCCCCCGGCCCGCUGGAGAACGUGAGCCUGGACGUGACGUCAGCGGAGGUGUGUGAGGAGUUUGUACCAGACGAGUGGGAGGAUCGAUGUGUGGAGCAGACACCUCUCCCCAACCACAGGGCCAUCAUAGACGGAGAAGGAUCUGGGACUGUGUUUAAUGGAAACAAGCCUCUUGAAGAUCUGCGCUAUUUCAGACCAAACACUUACGUCACCGCAAAUUGGGACGGUUUCCAUGACAACGAGACGGGUAUUUUCGGGUACACGUGGACAGUGGGGACGGACCACUGCCAGGAUGACGUCCAUCCGCACAAGGACCCGCACUCCCACCUGUACGGGGAGGACGAAUGGACACACCAGGGGCUUGCUUACCCUCUGGAACUGGACGAUGGCUUCUACCAUGUGUCCGUCCGUGCCUUGAACAAGGUAGAAUUUGGAGGCCCCCUAGCGACCACCGUGUGCCACACCACCCCCUACAUUAUCGACACCACGCCUCCAUUCGUUAACCAUGUCAAACUCAUUAGUUACAACGAGGUCAGCUACGAACUCAUUGUGGAGUACAAUGUCAGUGACCCCCUGUCCAACAUCCGCGAGGUUGACAUCGGACUCGGGAAGAGUCCCAGGGACGUGUUCAUCAAGGACUGGCAUCGCCAUUACAACCUGACCCACGUGACCAUGUUCUACCGCAUUCCGGACGGAAUCCCUACAUGGAUCAAAGUUAGAGCUAUCAACAAUGUGGACCUGAGAACAGCCAGUCAUGCACCUCGACCAAUCAUAGUGGACGUGACUCCGCCCAUCCCGGGGACAGUCCAUGACGGGGAGACCUACAGCAGGGACCGCGCCUUCCAGGCGGUGGGGAACCGGGUCUGUGCCAGCUGGAAGGACUUCCAUGAUGAGGAGAGCGGCAUUGGUUUUUACCUGUGGGGAGUGGGCACGUCAGUCGGUGUAGACGACAUCGUCUCAUUUCACGAGCUGCCGCACACCCAACACGCCGCUUGUGCUGAGCUGAACCAGACCCUGCAGCACGGCGGGACCUACUACAGCACUCUGGUCGCCUUCAACCUGGGGCAUGCCAGGAAGAACGUGUCUGUGUCUAGCAAUGGAGUGAUGUACGAUGCCACCCCACCGGAGGAAGGCUGGGUGAAGGACGGACUUGACCCGAACCAUGACGUCACGUACUCGUCAGAACUCGCGAGCGUCAGCGCGAUCUGGGGAGACUUCCGGGAUCCGGAGUCUGACAUUGCUGACUAUGAAGUUACCGUGUGGAGAAGACUCUCCAACAAUGGUAACAGCAGUGCUGAUACUGCUCCUCACAUCAUUCAUGAAGCGACCUCUGUUGGAAAGGAAGCGAACAGCAUCAACUGGCACCACUUCCACCUUCAUGACGGAGACUUUGUGUACGUUGUUGUGAACGUCUCGAACGGGGCAGGCAGCGUUGUCUUGACUGAGUCGGACGGGUACACGCUGGACACUACCGCUCCUGAGAUGGGCUUCAUCGGAGAUGGUAGCCAGGCAGGGACGGACCUUCAAUACUCGCCAAGCGUCACAAAUCUGUCCGUGAACUGGGAGUUUGAAGAUGUGGAGUCUGGUCUGGACCACUACAAACUGGCCGUGUUCCAGCAUCAGGGAGGAAGCCGUCUGCAGAUCCACCCGGCACAGAAGAAUGACUGGGUGAUUGUUGAAGGCAGUGCUGGGGGAUGGACCAACAAUGAACCGCUGAACCUUGUACCGGGCACGCGGUACAGUGUGCGGGUGUCCGCUGUCAACAGGGCUGGGCUGACGACUACACAUGACACGGACGGUGUCAUCGUGGAUCCUACUCCCCCUUCGAAUCUACAUGUUGCCAUUGACGUGAUGCCUGGUGAGCUGGAGGAGCUGUACGAUGGGUAUAUUCUACACACUGACCUGUCCGCCAUCUUGGUGUCAUGGCGGGCCACUGACGGGGAGAGCAAGGUCACGGCGUACUGGGCGGCUCUGGGGACGUCACCAGGUUUGGACUUCUGUUUCAUUGGCAUGAUGGGGUGGUCGGGUUGUUUGAACAGUGCUUAG